AUGGAUUUCGAUACCCAAAGUCAGAGCCUCUCGCCAGGCGCUGCAACUCACAACCCCAAUCUCAUCCUUCCAGCGACCUGCGACCCACCAUCUGAGCACAACCCGCCCAAGCGAGCAGUAUGGAUAGUCUUCGGAGCGACCGGUCACAUGGGACGAUCCCUCGUUCGAGCGAUACUAGCGCACGGCGACCAAUGCACCGCGGUGGGAUGGACCGAAGAGAACACACCUGAACAGAUGGAUAAGUGGAAGAACAGAAACUGCUUGGGUUUACUAUGCGACGUGAGAGUACGCGAGACAGUGGAUCAGGUCAUCAGGAAGAGCAUCGAGUACUGGGGUCAGGUGGACGUCAUAGCGAACAGCACCGGCUACGGCGUCAUAGCAGCAUGCGAGGAUCAGGACGAGUACGACCUACGCAAUCAAUUCACCACAAACUUUCUCGGAACCCUACACAUCUUGCAACUCUCCCUCCCCUACUUUCGCUCACAAAACUCCGGUCGAUACCUCAUAUUCUCAUCCACGGCUGGAGCCCUUGGCGUGCCUGGCCUCGGCCCGUACUGUGCGACCAAGUACGCCGUGGAAGGGCUCAUAGAGUCGAUGUUGUACGAAGUCGAUAUAUUCAACAUUAAAGCAACACUGGUCGAGCCUGGACAUGUUCGAUUGGACGAGCCAGAUGACAACAUAUUACCACCCAGCUAUACUUCCAUGCCCGUUCCAGGAACAGGUCCGCCGAAGCCGAAACGUUACGGUCAUUUCUUCGUGAAACCGAACCCCAGCGAGCCCUACUCGGGACUGACAAGCCCCGCGCAACACGCGCGACGGAUGGUACAGUGGCUGAACGACCGACAACCGGUGAGCGCAGUGAAGAGCGCAGAGCUGGUGUGGCAACUGGGUCAUUGCAGCUAUCCUCCGUUGCGCUUGAUUCUGGGUAGCUACGCCGUGGAGAGUAUUCGCGACAGACUGAAGAGCAUCACUGAAGAGAUCGAGGACUGGAAACAUCUUUCGUUCCCUGUUUCUAUGCCUCCGGAAGAUGAAGAUGGAAAGGAUAAUCUCAAAGAAGAGCAGGAGCAAGACGACGAACAGAUGCAGGAUUGA